UCCAUAUUAGUUCAGAGCCCUCUUUGAUUCCAAAUAGCUACAGCCGAGCGGGCUGGCUCGGAGAGGAGCCCCCGGCAAGGAGGGGAGGAGUAGGGCAGGGCAGGGGGGGUGGUAAACAGUACAGAGGGCCAGUCAGGGAAAGGAGAGAAGAAGAAAAACAGGAGACAAAAAGAGGAAAACGGUUGAAGGGAAGAAAGAGGUAAAGAAACGAAAGAGUAAGCCACUGUGCUUGAGGAAGGAAGACUGGAGGAAGCAUGGGGUCAGAGAAGAGUCCAGCGGGGUCUGGUGGAGGGCAGAAAAAGGCCAAGCCCAAUGGAAGAGGCUCAGGCGCCGAGGGAAGCCACACAUGCUGCGGCUGCCGCUUCCCACUGCUCAUCGCCCUGCUGCAGCUACUACUGGGCAUCGCCAUCACAAUCGUGGCCUUCCUCAUGACCACCAUCAGCCCCUCUCUGCUGGCCAGGGAGACACCUCAUUGGGCUGGAAUUAUUUUGUGCAUUGUAUCUAUCCUGGGCUUUGUGCUCUAUUUCAUCACCUAUCUGCCUGAUGAGAGGACCUACACACAGUUCAUCAUAAAGCUCAUGUACUUCAUCCUGUGUUCACUGGGGCUAGUCAUCUCCAUUAUAGUCAUUGCCUUUCAAGGCCACCACUACUCUUUGACCAAUGGCUUCAUAUGCAGGGAGACAGGCCAAGACUGUAUCUGCACACUGGAGCCAGAGGACCCCAUCGCACGCACCUUCACCUACGCCGAGGUGACAGACUGCACUGCCGUCACAAGCACUCUCAUGCUGUACUACCUGCUGCAGAUGGUGUUGAAUCUGGCUCAGGCUAUCGUCUGCUUGCUAGGAGCUUUCAUCAUGUGGAAGCACCGCUAUCAGGUGUUCUUCGUGGGAUUGCAGAUGGGUUCACCCACCACUCAGCAAUGGCAGAAGGUUUAAGAGCAUGGCAAAGGACAGAGGCACUGGGAGAAGGGACAAAGAGCACAACAUGUGGAGCAUUUAAGUGUGCAGUGUGCUGAGGGAAAAUCCAGAAUUUCCCACAGCAUGUCUAUUUGUGUGUGGGUACAGCUGAUACAUUUUGCAUGGCGUGGCAGUAGCAUACUGUAAUGUGGUGGCAAAUGACAGUUUCCUGUCCUUUUUUAGGGCUUCUGUAUUUUUCUGUAUUGGCGUCUGGACAUUUCCACUAAUAUAAAUGUAUACUUGCUUUUGCCAGUGCCAAGAAGGAUAUUCUUAUCUAACAGGCUGUAUGUGUGAUCCAACAGGACAGCUGUCAUUCUGGGAGAGCUACAUAUUCACUCUGUUUGCAUAGGAUUUGCAUAUCAGACUGAUGGCCUAAAUAGAUAGCAGUUAUAUGACAAAUCCCCACUGUUACCUUUCUUAACGAAAAAAGUAUUGAUAAGUGUUUUUAGGUCUUCAAACGCCAUUUUUAAUCCGCUUGUUUUCUUAAGGCGGUGGUGCUCAAAAAGGUGUCCUCCAUUUUAGGUAAGCGUGUGAUCGUAGUAGAGAUCACCAUCAGUUUGUUAUAGUUAGUUACUAUUGAUAUAGUUAAUAUUUAUUUAUUUUCCUAAGUAAAAAGUCACUUGAAUUAAAAUGGCUACUUGUGUGUGGGGUUUUGUUUUAGGAAGUUGUCCAUUUCUUAAUCCAAAAGCUAAUCCAAAGUUAAUGUCAUCUUAAAUCUAACCACAGUUUUAAUAAAAACAUGCAGUUUAAGUUUUACAGUAUAUUACAUGUUUAACUAUUGCAAUAUUAAUACUGUACCUUGGUUAAUUAUUUCCUGAGAUUGCAGUGUAUAUGAUUUUCUUCGCUUUUUUUAAUCGAAAGCUGCCCUUUAUAUUUUUAUAUGUCACAUUUUGAUGAAUAUAACGUUGUUUUACUGACAUUCACUGACUUUUUGUAUUAUUUUGCUGUGCUUCCAAAUGUCAUUUAAUGUCUUCCAUUGUGUAACAGUCUAAACCAAACCGUCCUUAGUCUGCUUCAGUUACAGCCAUUGCUUAGACGUGCUUAUUGGCAAUAAUAAAUAUAAGAUCACUAACAGAAAUAGUCCUGCACACAGACUGGCAGUUGUAAAUCAUAUCCAGUAAAAGGACAGGCUUGUGGUCUGAAGUCUUUGCUUACACAGUGGAUAAACAGCAGCACU